AACUCAGUACGCCCUGUGGCGGGAUUCUGUAACUCUCAAUCGACAAUUCUCGAUAUCGUUAACUAACGAUAUUUGUCGCUUGCGCGAGCGUCGCUACCUCCGUUGGGUGAUCCUGUAACUUCCUUCUAUCGAUAAUUAUCGAUGAAAAAUCUUGUUCGAAGGCAGCGACAAAAUUCGAUAUCCGUUCAUUGGCAACGUUCAUCUCUUGGGUUAUCCUUAACCAAAUUAUAGUGAUAUCUAGAGGAAUUUGUGAACACGUGAAAACUUCGGAAAAAAAUAUUGAGCUAUUUUUAAAUAUAAGCAAACGACCACAAAGAAUAAAGAAACGUUUAAUAUGACAGAUCUUAAAAUGAAGAAAAUACGAAGUGCCCGAUCGUCUGAGCAACAAAUUUUGAAGAUGCUCGACUUUUUUCUGCUAAAUAAAGGCCUUGCAGAGGGCAAAUUUUCCAUUCUUAACGGCAAAGAUGAAGCACAAGAGAAGUGGACAGAAUUAACCAAAGAAUUAAAUUUAAUAAAAGGUGCCGUUAAAACCUCUGAACAGUGGCAAGUGGUAUGGAGAAAUUUGAAGAGCCGAACAUCGACGAAAAUCAGAAAUCUUCGAAAACGUAAGGCAGCAACAGGAAAUAAGGCGUUGGAUCUCCCACCCUUGACAGUGAUCGAAGAACGAAUCGUUGGAAUUGUUGGCACGAGUUACAUAGGAGGAAGUAGGGACUGCGCUGACAGUAUUCCUGAAGAGGAGGAUUUACAAGAGGCGCUGGCUGAGGGAAAUACGUCAGUCUUAUCACUACAUCCUACGGUUUCCAGCAUUUAUAUUAAUAGCGAGAUUCCUCUUCAAGAAGAAUCAGUAAAUGUUAGCAGUGAAGCCCCAAAUGUUCCUCCUAUACCACCGACAAACGUAUCAACAUCAUAUCUUUGGGGUGAGAAGUGCAAAGUUCCAACCUGUACUUCACGGACCACCAAAACAACUAAACGUCUGAGGCUCUCCGAUACAUUAAGCUCAGCUAGGGAAGAGUUUCAAAUGAUUUUGAAGGAGCAAACUAAAGCUAUGAAUAUGCUUGCCGAAGCUGCCAAAAUACAAGCUGAUGCAGCUAUGCUAAAUGCCACUGCCAUGCAGGACUUAGCAAAAGCAUCAAUUCAACUGGCAGAAGCUGCUUCCGUGCAAGUUGCAAAUGAGGAAAAGCGAAUUUCAAUCAUGGCCAAGUUGAUAAAUGUAUUGUCCAAUUUGUUGCCAAUUUAUUUGAAUGAAAAUAUAUAAGUUUAACAGAUUGUUAUGCCGUCGAGUUCUGUAGGAUUACAAAUAAAUUGCACCGAUUUGGAAUUA